GUAGAAAUGUUAAGUAUUGAUAAGUCAGAAAAAUAAGACUGACUUAGCGGCUUCCUUUUAACAACAUUUAAUAAUAUUGUGAAGUAGAUUUAGUUUAUUUUAUUAUGUUUUUCAAGCUGAAAUUUUAAAUUUUCGAAACAUUGAUUAUUGGAAUUUUGUUUGUAAAGUUCGUUAUAAAUUGUUAUUAUUCAAUUUAUUAAAAUGCUUUCGUCUUUUAACUUAUUAAUAUUGCUUUUAUUUUUGAGUAUUUUUCGUCAAGGAUUUUGCUAUUUUUUGACAGUCGAUGCUCAUGCUGAAGAAUGUUUUUUUGACAAAGUGGAAAUUGGAACCAAAUUAGGUUUAAUGUAUGAGAUAUCAGAAGGAGGCUUCUUAGAUAUUGAUGUAAAAAUAUUGGAUCCAGAUAAUGAAAUAAUUUAUGAAGGAUUAAGAGAAUCAAGUGGUAAAUUUGCAUUUGCUGCUGCGAAAAAAGGGGCAUAUACCUAUUGUUUUAGUAAUCAAAUGUCAACAAUGACACCAAAAGUUGUUUUGUUUAACAUGGAAAUAACUGAACCACAAAAAGAACUUGAAAAUGAGAGUAAACCUGGUGAAGAAGAUGGUGAACAUAAAAAAUUAGAGACUAUGUUGAGAAACUUAGGAGCUGCUUUAACAAGUGUUAAACAUGAGCAAGAGUAUAUGAAUGUUAGAGAUAAAAAUCACCGAGCUAUUAAUGAAUCAACUAAUAAACGAGUAGUCAUGUGGUCAUUUUUUGAAUCAUUUGUGUUACUCUCAAUGACAAUAGGACAAGUAUAUUAUUUAAAACGAUUUUUUGAAGUUAGGAGAGUUGUGUAAGUUUUUUGUAUCAUAUUAUAAAUAUCACUUUUGAUAAAAAUUAAAAAUUAAUGUUAAUUUGUUUUUAUAAGAUAAAAUAUAUUAUAUUAAAUUUAUAA